AUCGGACGGGACAGGUCGUCAGCGUCACCACUCCCUCCUCACCACUUGACUCGUAAAGAUGGCUCUACCAUGGUUGUUGUUGCAUCUGCUUAUCCCACCCCCUCCCUAACCCCGUUUCAUUUACACGUCUCCGCCCUGCCCGCGCUGUUGACCUGCGGCACCGCUGCUGCCAUUUCGCUAGCGUCGAGAGGUUGUGUUGCGGAAUUGUCCAUGCGUUGACGCGGUGUGGGUUAGGAAGUCGUAUAGCUCGCAGGUAGAAGAGGAGCGAGUGAGAGAGAAACUGAUCAGUGGAGCUACAGCGAGAAGUGAACAUUCUCGCCGGAGUUUUGAUGCAGGUUAGAAUGUACCGUGGGAUUGUGUGUUUUGCUUGAGUUGCAGUGUAAUCAGGCGGAUUGGCGGUUGGUGUUGUAAGUGAGAUUGAUGCAUAUGUGAGUUGAGGAGAUGGGGGACAAACAAGAGAACACCCCCAUGGGGAUUUCGCUUAAAGAAGCGGAGCGCGGCGCCGCGAAGUCGGGGAACGGGGCGAAUGUAGAAGCUGUGUUGGAGCAUGCGAAGAAGGAGAUCUCUGCGCCGAGUUUGAAGACUCUAUGGAACGAUGCGGCCGAAUUCUCCCCCAGGGGUGAGAUGCCGAGGGAUGUUUACGAGCGCGCGCAGACCAGAAUGGCCGAGGAGCUCGGGCUGCGCUAUGUCGUGGACGGGCAUGUAGUCGGUCACGCGCUCAUGCGAGCGGCCGAGGGCGGCCAGCUGCACGUCGUGAGGCGCCUGCGCAAGGGCCAAGCCGAGCUCAGAUGCUCAGUUCUGAACCCUCGUUUCCUAGCUUUCGCGAUGCUCAAGGCCACUGAAAUCGGUCACUAUGAAGUUAUGCAAGAGCUUCUGCGCUUGACGAAUUCGGCGAUUUUAGCCAUGGUCGGGCACGAGAUUGCUAUGAAAGCGAAAGACGACGGCUACCCGUAUGUGCAAGCGCGUCUGACGCGAGACUGGCAACGAACCGUUAGCGGUUUCAAAUCUCUACUCCCCCCUGCGACCUACACGGUGCAGUACGAGAAUCUCGAGCUCUGUGGCACAAAAUCCGACCAGGAUUUCGUUCAUGAGGCCGUGAGGUCAUGCUACCAGAUGUAUUGCGUGUGGCGUUUGGCGGUCAUCGCUGGCGCCAAUGGACACGGCGGUGUGUUUCGGGAGCUAUUGAUGAAAAGGGAGGAGUUCAAUACGCGCGCGGGUGAGACGAGGAAAGCCUUGAUGGGAUAUGAACACCCCAAGGCGGUGGAGAUCGGCAAGAUUCGCAGCCGGAUAGAUGAAGACUUCAUGCGUUUUACCAAGAAGAUGACGGCGAAGCUCAGCCGCGAUAUGCUCCUGUAUGAGGUUUACCGAUGUGAGCAGGGGAGAAGUUUGGAGGAAUCAAACAAGGGUGGUAAUGCGUGGCGGUGCUCUAGCAAAGCUCAGUUUGGUCUCUGGGAGGUCUUCAUGGACGUUCCCGUCUUACUAAUGGAGCCUGAGGGGUCGUACCAAGAUGGUGACAAGAAACAGCUGAUGCGAAACUAUAAAUACAUCAAGCCCAUCGUCCCUCAGAUCAUGAAGCUGAACGUGCAGUUCAAGAUCAUCAUAGACAUUCUACCGAAUUACAUCGAAUUGUCGGUCGGGAUUAACCAUGUGCGCGUGACAGUGGAAAAUCAAUGCUGGGAAGAGCCGCAGACGGGACAUUUCCCCACGCGAGUAUCCUUAUCUGUCACCCCGAUUGAACAAACCCUGACAUCGGUCACUAUGACGGGUUCGUCGACCAACACUUCUUACAAAGUAGGAGUAGCGGAGAAUGUACGAAUCGGAGUGAACGCUACUCUUAAAGCGGCUCCCACGGCUGGAAUUUCUUUCCAAGCCGGGAAAUCCACGAUUUCCAAGGUGGACGGGAAGCCAUGGAGGAUGGAACAGCUGCCUGUGUACAACGAACGAGGGGGAAGCUACACAUGGGCGUUGACGAACCUCCACGGCGCAGCAUUCGACCGCCUGAGUCCCAUGCUGCAAGAAACGAAGAAAUCUAUCUGGCAAUUCGGGAAGAGAGUACCGAUUAAUCCUUUGAUGGUGCUCCCCUUCGGCACCAACGGCGGGGUGAACUUUACGGGGACUGAGUUCGACGACACGAUCUCAUGGCGAUUUUCGAAAGACCUCGAAAACAAGACAGUGGCAUUUAACGUAGAGGGGCAAGUCCAUACCACUCACAUCACACAGGAUACCUUCUGGGAGACUCGUGUGGUGCCGUUCGAGGUGAAGCUGGAGCAGAAGCUGGAGGCGUGCGGAGACCCCAUGGGCGCCGAUAAGAAGAAGAAGAAGAAGAAGAAAUAGAUGAUUGGCUCCUCUCUCAGCUUCUCCGAAAUCUUCGAUGUGCAAAGCAAACUUUCUUCUGCUACUGAAAUUCGUCUUGGUCGCUUUUCAGUUCACUUAGAAUCGAGACGGCAAUUCUAGUUUUGGUCGUAGAUGUCCAUUGCAGGUGGUAUUUUCCGCCACAAUCAUCAAAAGGAUUUUUUUUCGAAGGUUAAAUGUCCUUUCUUAUGAGGGUUUUUUCUUGCCGUGUCUUCAGUACCACCAAAUUUAGGUUCACGAGGAUUAUGUAAAGUAAGGUCACAACGGUUAAUUAGCUCUAGGUUCACAGUUGUGCUGGAUUACAAUUGUAUCGUAUCUCCGACCUGUGGGCGAAUCGGAUGAUUUAUUCGCGAAUAUGUAGCAACGUUUUGAAGGUGGAUGACACGUUCUUUAUGCAACUGGAAGUUAAAUUCAGAACCUUAGUGAUUGUCUCAUUUGGUUACGCACAUGAAAGAGAGUUGAAGGCUUUUAUGCGAUUAUGAAAUUAUUCA